AUGGCUCAGAAAGAAGAGGUCGCUGAGGCUGCAGCGCCAGCCUCCCAGAAUGGAGAAGAUCUGGAGAACCUAGAAGACCCUGAGAAGCUGAAGGAGCUCAUCGACCUGCCGCCCUUUGAGAUCGUCACUGGGGAGCGGCUGCCUGUCAACUUCUUUAAAUUUCAGUUCCGGAACGUGGAAUACAGUUCCGGGCGGAAUAAGACCUUCCUCUGCUAUGUGGUGGAAGCACAGAGCAAGGGAGGCCAAGUGCAGGCGACCCGGGGCUACCUGGAGGAUGAGCAUGCAGGUGCCCAUGCUGAGGAGGCUUUCUUUAACACCAUCCUGCCGGCCUGCGACCCGGCCCUGAAGUACAAUGUCACCUGGUAUGUGUCCUCCAGCCCCUGUGCAGCCUGCGCUGACCGAAUUCUCAAAACGCUCAGCAAGACCAAGAACCUGCGCCUGCUCAUCCUGGUGGGCCGGCUCUUCAUGUGGGAGGAGCCAGAGGUCCAGGCCGCUCUGAAGAAGCUGAAGGAGGCCGGCUGCAAACUGCGCAUCAUGAAACCCCAGGACUUCGAGUACAUCUGGCAGAAUUUUGUGGAGCAAGAAGAGGGUGAAUCCAAGGCCUUUGAGCCCUGGGAGGACAUUCAGGAGAACUUCCUAUAUUAUGAGGAGAAGCUGGCAGAUAUCCUGAAGUAGGCAGCAGAGCGCAGCCUUCUGUCUGCCCGCUGCCACCCGGAGAAGCAGUGACAUGGAUGGCACCCCGGACAGGCCCGUCUUCCCAAUUAUACCUGGAGUUGGACGUUUGACACCAACCAAUACCUGGAGUUGGACAUUUGACACCAACCAAUUGUACUGGACAAGGCCCUCCCUCCGAGAACUCAGCGCACCCAGGCGUCACUCCGUCAUGCCUUUUGCAAUGUGGCUAUUGGGGGAAAGGAAAUUGAAGGGAAGAAAAGCAGCUGUACGUGGGCACCUGGGGUGGAGGCUCUUCCUGCCUCCCAGGGUGCUGCCUGAGACAAAGAUCCUCAGAUUCA